GGGAAAAGGGAACUCAGGACUGAACCAAACUGCUCUGGGUCUCAGGACCUGAGCUGCCUGGACCCAGUCUGCAGGCCCUACCCAGGGGCUGGAUGCUCUGCGGGACAGACGCAGGCAGAGGCCCCAAGCACAGAGUAGAGGAUGUGAGCACACUUGAUCUGGAGGGCAGACUGUCCAAGUGCCGCCUCCCCUCUCGAAACCAGCUGUAAACACAGAUAGGGAGGGGCCUCCAUGCCUGCCAAGGGAGGCAGCAACUUUGUGAGUAAUUGACACAAGGAAAACAAGCACGGCAGGAGUGUGUGUGGUGUUCACGCGCAGCGCUGGCUGCUGCCGAGUGGCUGCGAGUCCUGGGACACAGGCCCUGGCUCUGCCAUGCUGCCUGCUGCUGGCCCCUGGGGCCCACGGUACAAAGGAAGGAGGUCCUUGUGAUAAAGCAGAGCUGCGAAGCUGGGGUGAGCUGCCAUGUGGAGCUGUGGCCCACUCAACAGCACAGUGUGGGGUGAGGAGCCGCUGUGCCGGAACCUGCGCCUGGGGCUAUGGGUCCUCUCACUGCUCUACCUGGGGGCAGGCGUCCCCGUGGGCUUGGGCUACAAUGCCCUGCUGGUGCUGGCCAACCUGACCAGUAAGAACAGCAUGACCAUGCCAGACGUGUACUUCGUGAACAUGGCUGUGGCGGGGCUAGUGCUCACGGCGCUGGCACCUGCGUACCUGCUGGGUCCCGCCCACUCCAGGUGGGCCCUGUGGAGCCUUAGUAGCGAGGCCCACGUGACACUGCUCAUCCUGUUCAAUGUGGCUUCCCUGGUGACCAUGUACUCUACAGCACUGCUGAGCCUUGACUACUACAUCGAGCGUGCCCUGCCACGCACCUACAUGGCCAGUGUGUACAACACCCGGCACGUGUGCGGCUUCGUCUGGGGAGGGGCGGUGCUCACCAGCUUCUCCUCCCUGCUCUUCUACAUCUGCAGCCAUGUGUCCUCUCGCAUUGCUGAGUGUGCCCGGAUGCAGAACACAGAGGCUGCUGACGCUAUCCUGGUGCUCAUCGGCUAUGUGGUGCCAGGUCUGGCUGUGUUGUAUGCGCUGGCACUCAUCUCAAGGAUUGGGAAGGAAGACACGCCCCUGGACCAGGACACCAGCAGGCUGGACCCCUCAGUGCACAGGCUGCUGGUGGCCACCGUGUGCACACAGUUUGGGCUCUGGACACCUUACUACCUGAGCCUGGGGCACACAGUGUUGGCCUCACGGGGGAGGACCGCAGAGGGGCAUUAUCUGGGCAUCCUGCAGGUUGCUAAGGACUUGGCCAGGUUCUUGGCCUUCUCAAGCAGCUCCGUGACACCACUGCUCUACCGUUACAUCAACAAAGCCUUCCCCAGCAAGCUCCGGCGGCUGGUGAAGAAACUGCACUGUGGGCACCGGCACUGCUCCCCUGACCCUGCAGGGAUACAGCAGGUGAUGGCGCAGGCGUAGCUAACCCCUCCCUGGUCUGAAGUCCCAGGAGAGGACCUGACCAUGAGGAACACUAAAAUUCAACUGGACGCAUAGCACUUUGUUCCCCUAGCACAUGGCGCUUCCAUCCCCAGGAGACAUGCUGAGUCCGGAACAGCACAGGGGGCGUUUCUCUUGACAUUUUCUGGGUUUUCCCCUGAAAGGACAAUCUUGGUCUGAAGCUGCACUGUGGAAAGCAAUGGUGCCUUGUGCGAACGGGCUGCUUCUAACUAACCUCUUCACCUUCCCCUCAAGGUGUGUGCCUUUCUCCCAGGGACAUCUUCAAGGUCCAUGUCCUCAGAAGCAGGCUGGCCUUUGGCCUCCCUGGUAUUUGGGCUUUCUAAAUGAAGUGAUGAAAUCUAAAGCCAGUAUUUAUACUUCAUAUUGAAACAAUACUUGAUCCUCCUCUUCCUCUCUCUCUCUCUCUAAUAAAAAGAAGUGUUAGAAAAUACAAACACCUAGUAUCAAGGUGAAAACAGUAUAAGGGACAUGCUGUCGCUGAGACCACUGUUACAGCCUGAGGACAGGGACUGCUCUGGACCUCUCCCCAGCCACAGACACCUACCUGGCUACGUCUCUUCCUGAGAAGUGAUCUUAGUAUAGGUCUGUCCUUCCAGUGCCUCACCACCAGAAAUGGAAGAAAGUACUCUCUUAGUGCACAAUCUGGAAGACCCCAGGGGAGAGAUCUGGAUGGGGUAAAAUGAUAGCCAGCCAUGGACGGGAGAGGCAGGAUGGUAUGAGGCCAAGUGCCCCAAGGUGACCAGGGACUGGCAUCCGGGGUAAGGACCCUGCCUGGCUGGUUUCACACAGCUGUGGGGUGGUACAGGAUGAGGCUCGCCUUCCACAGGUGUCUGGGUCCAGGCCUCACCCACGUGCCUCUGGGGCCUUGUGUUUGGCAAUUAACUAACAUGUGGGCAUGAAAAGAAUUCCUACCAUCCCCAUUUCAUCACUGUCACCACCCCAUUCUCCUGGGUUACACUGCAAGCCCACAACCUCCUGCUCCCCAUUUCUAAACAUCUCUCCCAUAUGAUCAUCUAACCUGUCUGUCUCUGCAGAAGGCUGGAAUGAUCCAUAUUCAGUGGCCUUCCUACAUGGCCCUAGGCUGUCCUGGCUGCUUGGGAACUUCAGCUAGGAAUAGCUUUAGAUUUAUCUAUUCUAUGCAAACUACAUCUCCUCCGAUGGUGACUGCCCGAGUUAAUCUGCCUUAAGGAGAAUUAGGGAGGCGCAUGAGGUCCUCUGCCCUAGCUGUGAUCCACUAGGCACGCUCUGUGGGGCCCAGUUCCUCAUGAAUAAGCCACUGGCUGGAUUAGACAACAGUCUUCAGAAUUGCUUCUGGCUGCAGAGUUUUGUUUUGAGGUUUUUAAAAUGGCAAGCCUAACUUUCCCUGUCCUUCCUCCCAGAUGCACAGCUGAAUGGAGGCUCGGAGGCUCUAAUGGCUGCCAGGCUUCCCAUCCCAGUGGCCACAGUGACCACCUUAAUGCUUGCUGAGGAAACAAGAACUCUCACCAGGAAGGUUCUAGCUGGGUCUAGCCUGCAGGCCAACUGUAAUUCUCCUAUGGGUGAGAGCAAGCCCAGCGGCCAAGGUCAGGGCAAGCAAAGGGCAGCCUAAGCUUUGUGGGUCGUAGGGGAAACAGGAUCCAGAUGGGCGGGGCUGUUUGCAAUGCCCUUGCUGACCAUUUUAUACCCUUUGCUCCGGGCAGAGGUCUUGGGAGGAGCAAACCCCAGGUCUAGGAAGGGCUCUGUGCCCUGGAAUCCUCCACCCCAGUCAUCCCCAAGCAAGGUGGGCAGAGGCCCACAUGUUCCUUUGUUGCACUUUCUCAGUGACCUUAGGUACAAACUGGCCAGGUUCUAGGGGACCCUUGAGGGACUGCAAGCCAGGACCCUGUGGCUGGCAUCAACUUUAUAGCCACUUGUCCUUCAGGGAUAGCCCAGUGGACACCCAGCUGUCUGCUUGGGUCUUCCUGGUGGAGCCACACAUGGCCAGAGAGUGGCCAUCUGCAGUGCAGACCCUUUCCCUGUAGAGCCCCCCUGGAGCAAUGCACCCUUCCACCCAGGACCCGGUUCUCACCACCUGCCUCCUCCUUGCCCCAGCCUUCCGCCACAACCGCCCAAGCACUGCACAGUCACAGGUGCUCUGACAUCUGCUGUCUGUGAUUCUGUGCUAAGUUCAUUCUGGGAUUCCCCGGAGUCUGCUUCCCAAAGCUGCCAUGCACCUUUCCCAAGCGGGAAAGAACCUUAACCACACAGAAAAGAGGUUACUGCAAUGAUGGGUGUGCAUGUGCGUGCGUGCAUGCGUGCGUGCGUGUGAGUGAAUGAGUGUGCUUGUAUGAUGCUUUUCUGCAUGAGUUUAACAUGCCAGGCAGGGCCCACAGUUCCCCAAAGAUUGUUAAUUUGGCUGUCAACGCUUCUUGAUGGUUAGAAUUUACGAUGAAUGCUCUUAUUUUCGUGAACUCACAAGAAAGCUUGCUGUGUUGUCGUUACUUGGGAUUCCAGAAAGUGACCUUUUUCUUGGGUUUCCUUCACAAUGUCACAUGACACGGCAGAGGAAACUGGAGCCAGUGCUCUUUGGGGCAGACAUACCCAGGAACCAACAGACACCUGUUCUGUUAGGGAAAGCGUUCGGCAAAGGCCGUACGUACCAAGGAGAAGUGUGUGUGUCUGGUUCUUGGGAAGCUGGGGGCGUUCUCAUUCCUGACCUACAGGAUCCACCCCAGUGGCUGGAUCCAUUUGCCGAAAUUCUGUGAAUCUGAAAAAGACACUACUGAUGAGAUCCACACAUAUGAAUACUAUUAAAUUAUUUAACACCCAUCA